UUGAUGAUAUGGUGAAGGUGAUGAGGAAGGCUCCUGGGGUUGGUCUUGCUGCUCCACAGAUUGGAGUUCCCUUAAGGAUAAUAGUCUUGGAAGAUACAAAGGAAUAUAUUAGUUAUGCACCCAAGGAUGAGAUUAAAGUUCAAGAGAGACGGCCUUUCGAUCUUUUGGUGAUUAUUAACCCAAAGCUUCAAAAGAAGAGCAACAGGACUGCAGUAUUCUUUGAAGGCUGCUUAAGGUGAGGGUUAGAACUGUAAAACUCUACAAUUAGCGAAUUUGUAAUGUUUUU